AUGGGGAAAAUUGAAAUUGACAUUGUCAGAAUCGCAGCAGAACUUAAAGAUGAAUUUAAAGCAAACUCGGAGGUGAUCUCAAAGCUGAAAGACUACGUUAAGAGCAAUCUGAAGGAGAAGUAUGGAGAGAAGAUUAGGCUGUGGCGUGAUAAGGGAAUGAAUCUAAUUAUGUAUGUCGACAAGAAGGAGGAAAAUCAAAUACUCAUGGAUAGAGCUUUGUAUAUAAACAACAGAGUGUAUGUGAGGCUAAGACCAGUGGUUGAAAAAGGUAGCAUUGAUCCUAGAUACUACAGAAUUAAAAUUAAUUUGGACUACAGAUUAUCGGCAGAACUGGCGAUCAUAGAACUAGAAAAGAAAUGAAGGAUAUGGGAAGUGGAAAUUGAGGCAGAUUUUGGAGUAGGCAAUGGAACCAUUGUAGCUUAUGUAUGAUUUGAUUCAAUGGAGGAAAUAUAUGCUCUGGGAAGUACCCUAGAAAUAAUGCGGACACGGUGCCACAUCUCGCACCGAUGGAGCUACACUUGCAAUGUGUGCAAGGGACGUGGGCACUUCGAAAAGGAUUGUCAGGAUGUGGAAGAUAUGAGACAGAUCAAGGAAAGAAUAGAUAGAGAAUCAGGCGCGAUAGAGAGGCAAAGAUUCACAAACACCCAAGUGUAUUACUGUCAAACAUUAAUAAAGCCUGACAUCAUCAUUACGAGUAUUGAUUGUACAAGACAAGCUAUGACUAUGCAAUAUCAGAGAGGGGUGAUAGCAUCAGGUGAGAAGACUAAACUCGAAAUAGCAGAAAAUGAGAGUAAAGAGGAAGCAUUUAUGAGAUUGCUGAGAGAAUUAGAGGUAUAUAAGUUUGCCAUAUGCAAUGUAGAAGUUGAAGAACUAAAAAAAAACUACCUAUCAGGCAAAUCCUAUACGCAAACUCAGUGAGUCAAUUUCUGGGAGCCUGCAAGAGAGACGAAUAUAUUAAAAAUUGCGUCAAAUUCAAAAAUCAAAGAACUGAUCUAUCGAUCAAAUUAA